UAUGAGCACAACAAACCCCGGAAAAGGGAAGCGGAAGGCUGAGCCAAAUGUUAAACAAGUGAAGUUGGCGAAGUAUCUGAAUACCUGAAAUAAACCUAUCAAUAACUAGAUAUGGGCACAGGAAGGAAACAGUUUAUAAAUCUAAUAUCCACCAGUCAUUAAUCGCGUCGAAAAAUGGCAGUCGAUGGAAAGCGUGUAGGCAGUAGUUAGCUCAGCCUGACAACAAGACGCCACAACGCCCCUGAAAAUGAUGACAAAGUAUUUCACGACCAGUUUGUGAUGAUUACCAAAGGUGUUUUCCACUUUGUACUAGACCGACCCGUGGUGUUUUAUUUCAGAGAACAAAUCUGGAUCUGUGCCCAGUCCUCUCUCUUUCCUGAGCUCUCUGUGAAAUGACCUGACUCCACUUCACUGGUUCCAGCAGCUCACGACAAUGGCCAGAAUAGCCUGGUAUCAAGAGAAGAUCGGGGCCUAUGAUCAGCAAGUCUGGGAGAAAUCUCUGGAGCAGACCGAUCUAAAUGGUUUGGACAGCAAGCCAAAGAAGACAGGUCACAUCAAGCCAGACCUCAUCGAUGUUGACUUAGUACGAGGAUCAACAUUCAGCAAAGCCAAACCAGAGAGUCCUUGGACAGCUCUUACUCGGAAAGGUCUGGUCAGAGUGCUGCUGUUUCCGUUCUUCUUCCAGUGGUGGAUCCAGGUGACUUCCAAGUGCAUCUCCUCCUGUAUCCUCAUGCUGUACUUCAUGCAAGUGGCAGCAGUGGUAUUGUACUUGGAGGUCCCUGAGGCGAGUGCCAACGAGGUGUUUGGGCCCAUGUGUCUGCUGCUGCUGCUGGGUACCGUGCACUGCCAGAUUGUGUCGACUGAGUCCAACCGGUGGCCCUCGGGCAGUCCAGCUGCCAGCUGCACCACCAGCCCUGCCCGCAGAAGGAGGCCAAGAAAAGGCAGGGGACUGAAAAAAUCAGAAGAAAAGAAUGACAGCGGGGACACAGAGCAGCAGGGGUCCUGGCAGUUUGAAGAAAGCCAGCGAUUAUACAGGAACGAUGAGAGGGGCAAAAGAAAGUCAGGAUUUGGGGCAUCUGACGAGCUUUCCAGUGAGGAAGAGGAGGGCGUUCAGCCGAUGGAAGUCAUUCGUCCAGUACCUCAUCAAGAGACACACCCUGCUGCAACUUGGCCGACAUCUGCACCAGCGUUUUCUGUUAGGAAGAGAAAUCUGAAGUCUAACUCCAAAGCGACUUUAAGACCUCAGGAAGGGAGCGGGGCUUCUAUGAAAGCAAAGCCUCGAGAGGUGGAGCGCCUCAGGCCGAACGUCGGCUCCCGUCCUACCUCCGACACUGACGACACGAUGUGGGAGGAGCUUCUCCAGGGACCUGACUCCGCCUCGUCAGGGAGCAGUGACAGCGAGGGAAACGGGAGGUACAACGCUGGCAUGGCGCUCCCGCAAACCACGACUCUGAGCAGUGAUGAUGAGAGCCUGCAGCAGGGAAUCACCGGAAACCAGCUGUCAUGGCUGCAGGCAUGUCACCCAGCCAAGGACCGUGUCAGCGCCAUAAUAUGGGAGCAGGGCGAGUGUAAGAAAGCAGACAUGUCAGUGUUGGAGAUCAGUGGGAUCAUCCUCACGCGGGUGAAGUUGGUGGAGCAGGGUGUGGGUUACCUUGUGCUUGGUGGUCUGAUGACUGCCACCUUGGCGCUGCUUCCCUUUGGUUUCCGUAUGGCCCAACAUCUGGAGGUGUCGAGCCUCAGCUCCCUGUCCCUGACAGAGCUGGCAGAAAUGGCGGUGGGGCCACCUGAUGCCCAGGCCUACGCAUUUUUCUUCAUCACAGCAGUGCAAAGAGUCUGCCUGACCGGACUCUUCUUCUUCAUGAUGUGUGUGGCCGAGAGAACGUACAAACAGAGACUCUUAUUUGCCAAAUACUUCAGCCACCUCACUUCAGCUCGCAAGGCCAAGAAAUCUGAGGUCCCUCAUUUCAGGCUGAAGAAAGUACAGAACAUAAAAAUGUGGUUGUCACUACGCUCUUUUCUCAGGAGACGAGGGCCGCAGCGCUCGGUUGACGUCAUUGUCUCCACUAUCUUCCUGUUAGCGCUUUCCAUUUCAUUCAUCAUUUGUGCCCAGCUUCUGCACAGUCACAAGACAUUCCUAGAGUCUCUGACAAACUGGGAGCUGAUGGUGUGGGCCUCCUCCCUCAUCCUCUUUCUGCUACGGCUGGCCACGCUGGGCUCAGAGACCAACUGCAAAUACAGCAACUCCUCAGUGCUGCUCACUGAGCAGAUCAAUUUGUAUCUCAAGAUGGAGAAAAAGCCCAAUAAGAAAGAGGAACUCAGUAUAGUGAACAAUGUUUUGAAACUAGCUACAAAACUGAUGAAGGAGCUGGACACUCCAUUCAGACUGCUGGGACUGACCGUGAACCCUCUGAUCUACAACAUCACCAGAGUGGUCAUUCUGUCUGCUGUGUCUGCUGUGGUCAGCGACCUCCUGGGCUUCAACAUCAGACUGUGGAAAAUCAAGUCGUAAUGUGAAAACAGGAAACCACUAACAGUCGGACACUGGAGACCACAAACUCCCCUUGUCUGCUGCAGACAACAUCUCAUCUACAAAAAAGUGCAAACCUACUGACAGUUUAGUCUGUGCCUUCCAACUGAAACGUGUCUGUUGUGUUUCAUCAGUCAUUCACGAGCCUGAGGUGCUCUGGUGAUGGCUCACACACCAUUACUGGCGCCUCAGAUGGUGUGGCAACACACAGAUUCCAUUAGCCACAUCACUAACCCAGUGCCUAACCUUUGACCCUUGAAUGUCCCUCAGUAUGUGGAUAAAUAUGGGGCAGGGGGGUUGAGGUCUGAGAUCCUUUCAGGCUUCUGUGGCAUCCAGAUUUCAUCAUGUGUCUUGUACAGGUGUGUGGACACAGUGAAAAUGUAAAUGAGUUAAAUGCAGGCAAUUUAGUGCGUUUUUGUGGUCUUAUUCGCUGGUGUUUCUCAUCAAUACAGUUAACUGUAAAACAAGCUAUGUGCUGUUUGAUGCCAGUCAUCUAAUGCCGUCAAAUCAAAAAAGGUGACAAGCUGCAUUAAAGGAAUUGUCAUAGGAGUCAACUCUUGCCCUUUUGUACUAUUUAACGAGGGAACAUUGUGAUUGUAAGCGGGCUUUAUUUAUUUGGGGUUCUGUUUUAGCGCUAAAACUUGUGAUGGUACCUGUAAGUCAUGACUCUGACCACUAUCUGCCCUUUGUAUUGAGGACCAUUGUUGAAUAAAUAAAAACUAUGCAAUAUUAUGCUUAAAAAAUGUUUCACAGAGAUAAAUAAA